GAGACGGGAGGGGAGGGAGGAAAGAGGAGGGGAGACAGCGGCCAGGCAGGGAGGAGGGAGGACGGAGCAGCUUGAGGAGGACAGGCGCGUUUGUGUUUCCCGUGUGCUGGUGGAGAUUUCAUGUGAAAAGAAGAAGAAGGAGGAGAAGCAGCAGCAGAAGAAGAAGAAGAGAAAGCUGAGGAAAGCAGCGAGCUCGUCACACUCGGAAACGGAUUUAUUUAUUGUCUCCCCUCAAAAUGUGCACUCCGUGUUGUAUCACGCAGCUGGCCUGCUGCUGCGGCUCAGCAGCCUGCUCAUGCUGCUGUAACUGCUGCCCCAAGAUCAAACAGUCCACAGGGACCCGAUUCAUGUAUGCCCUCUACUUCCUGCUGGUCACCAUCAUCUGUGUCAUCAUGAUGUCGCCAACUGUGGAGCAAGAGUUGAGAGACAAUAUCCCCUUCUACAGUAAACUGUGCGAGAAGAUGAAUGCAGGCGAGAACUGCAAAACUCUGGUCGGCUACUCAGCCGUCUACAAGGUGUGCUUCGGCAUGUCUUGCUUCUUCUUACUCUUCUCCCUCUUCACCAUACGAGUCAACAACAGCAAAGGCUGGAGGGCAGCUGUGCAUAAUGGGUUCUGGUUGCUGAAGUUUAUUGUGCUGGCGGCAUGCUGUGCUGGAGGCUUCUUCCUCCCAGAUGAGAAAAUCUUUCUUGAAGUAUGGCGCUACGUAGGAGCUGUUGGCGGCUUUUUUUUCCUCCUUAUCCAGCUCAUGCUCUUGGUGGAGUUCGCACACAGAUGGAACACAAACUGGAGUUCAGGAGUAAAGUAUAAUCGGAUGUGGUACGCAGCUUUGGCCUUGGUGACACUGCUGCUGUUCAGUUUUGCGGUAGGCGCCGUUGUCUUCAUGGGUCUGUUCUACACAGACCCUGAGGCCUGUUUGCUCAACAAGGUCUUCUUGGGCAUCAACGGCAGCCUGUGCCUCAUCGUCUCCCUGUUGGCCAUCUCCCCAUGCAUACAGAAAUUGCAGCCCACAUCAGGCCUGCUGCAGCCAGGAGUCAUCAGUCUGUACGUCAUGUACCUCACCUUCUCAGCCUUCUCCAGCAAACCAAAAGAAAUGGUGGAGAGAGACGGUGUGAACACAACCGUGUGUGUGUUUCCCUUCAACUCCGGGACGGAGAGCGACAAGAAAAUUGUCACCGCUUUGGGAACCGUUAUCCUGUUUUGCUGCGUCCUUUACUCUUGCUUGACGUCCACCACCAGGCGAAGCUCUGCAGCACUCAGAGUGUGUAGAAACAGUGAGCCAGAGACUGAGAGAGCUCGCUGCUGUUUCUGUUUUGGAGAUGACACAGAUGACUAUGAUGAGGAGAAGACUGGUUCAGGCCAAAAUGUGCUCUACGAUGAGAGAGAGGGAACCAUCUACAGCUAUGCCUACUUCCAUUUUGUCUUCUUCCUGGGAUCACUCUACGUCAUGAUGACCGUCACCAACUGGUUCCAUUAUGAUAACCAUAAGAUUGAGAAACUGUUGGAUGGCAGCUGGUCAGUGUUCUGGAUCAAGAUGGCCUCCUGCUGGGUCUGUCUCAUCCUCUACAUGUGGACCCUCAUCGCUCCUAUGGUCUGCCCGAAACGCUUUGAAGCCUAGGACUCACAUCACUAUGCUAGUCAGGUUACUCUGAUUCUUGCAACGUGGCUGGGCAGAAGCUCUCAUGCUGAGCCAAGGGACCACCAAAACCCCCCUUCUUUACCCUGAAACACAACCCUAUACUACCCUCAGCAUUUGAAAUGGAGGAUUAUCUGUUGCCUUUUGUUUUAUAUGCUAGUGUUUCUUUUACUUUGUUUUACAAUUUUAAGCUGUUAAUACCUUGAUGGUAAUUUUUUUUAUCUUGUACUACCACUUACUCCUGCAGUUUUGUAUUACUUACAGAUUUGUAAUUACAUAAAGAAUCAUGGGACUUGAGUUACAUUGUGAAACAUCCGAAGCAUCCAGCACCUGUAGAUUCCUAAAUAAUUUCAAAUUUGAAAGUCUAUUUUGUAAGUAUUUCCUUUGUAUGUCCGUUUUUCUUGUCGCUUUUACUCUCAGCCAGGCAUUUCAGUUCUGUACAAUUGGACAAAUAAAAUUGUAGCAAAGUCUAGGGACAAAUUUAUUCCAGGUUCGAGAUGUUACAAGAGAAAUUGUAUUUAUUUAUGUCUCUAGUAAUCAUAAGUCAUGUUGUGAAGGAAAGUGGUGUAAAUUGAGUUAGAUUUGUCCCCGACUUUGUUUAAAAAUUCAUCUCUCAGGCUCAAAUGUAAGCUGUACAUGUUCAUGCUUGGUUAUGUUGCGCCCUUUUGUAAUAGUUUUCUAUGCAACAGAACAAGCUCUUUUUCGAUAUUAUAGACACCCAGUGUUGUGAAGUUUCCAGUUAGAUCACAAGUAUAAUGUUUCAGACUUUAUUAAUGUCAGUGCUCCCUUUGAGCCAGAUCUUUUCUUAGGAAAAAUCCACGUCAUUUGUACAACAUUUCCAGUCGUUGAUGUACAGGGCAGUGCUUUUUCAAUCACCCUGCCUUACGUAAUAGUGACGUUAGUGGAGUGCCGCCUCUCUGGAAGAGCUGCAGUGACAUAGAUGGGGGAACGUUUGCCAAAGGUAGAUGUCAGAAAACAACAAAGUACUCUGUCAGAUUGUUUGGUCAGUUACAGAGAAAAGCAUAACGGAGAACAUUAUGUAUUUGCAUGACACUUAACAGACACUUAAAUCAGCUGUUUUCUGUACAGUUAUAAAGACCUUUGUCUUUGUCACGUCAGUUCAUAUUGGUGAUCAGAAUAAGAUAGCAUGAGUACUUUUAUUAGUGAGUUAUUCAACACUGGAUGUUGAGUUUACUGCCGAAUUAAAUUUCAUACAAAGACCUUCACCUGUUUGUUACAUGGGUAACAUAUAUAUAUGUUUUUGUAUAAGAAUACUGCACAUUGUCAACUGCAAGUCAUUUCAUUUCCUCAUUCAUCAUCAAUAAAUCAGUAUGUUCCUCUUU